GGGGUUAGAUUCCGGGCCCGCCUCCACCAGCGCCUGUGAGCCCUGGAGUGCAUGGCCCCCCGGCUUAUUCUGGGGGCUUCAGGUGAGCCGGACCAUAGAAGGGUCAGGGAGACCUUCCUCGAGGUCAGGUCGUCAGUCUGACCGCAGGUCCAUCUGUCCUGCCGUCUGCCAACAGCUAUCUCCGCAGAAAAUGGGAGAACAAAGGGAGGGGGCGGUCCUGAGGCCCCUAAGGAAAUUCAGGGUCCCAGGUACCCCGCCCCGCCCGCUGACACUUUCGGUUUCUCCCCGAGUCGUAGGCGCCGCCCAAGAGACCCUGGGCCCGCGCUAGGCGCAGCUGCCUCUUCGCCUUUGCCUGUCCGUCUUUGUGUCUGUGUCUGUCUGGCUGUUCCCGAGCUUGUCUCUACUCCAGAACUAAGCCUCCCGGACGCCGACAGCCCAAGACUCCCCUCCCCUUUUCCAUGGCAGGCUACUUACCCCCUAAAGGCUACGCCCCUUCGCCCCCACCUCCCUACCCCGUGACAGCUGGGUAUCCAGAGCCUGCGCUGCAUCCUGGACCCGGACAGGCAUCAGUGCCUGCCCAGGUGCCGGCCCCUGCGCCCGGCUUCGCUCUCUUCCCCUCGCCAGGCCCCGUGCCCCCAGGGUCUCCUGCUCCUUUCUUGCCACUGCCAGGGGUGCCUUCUGGCCUCGAAUUCCUCGUGCAGAUUGAUCAAAUCUUGAUUCAUCAGAAGGCUGAACGAGUGGAAACGUUCCUAGGCUGGGAGACCUGUAACAGGUAUGAACUUCGCUCCGGGACCGGACAGCAACUGGGUCAGGCAGCUGAGGAGAGCAACUGUUGUGCCCGUCUGUGCUGUGGUGCCCGCCGGCCACUUCGUGUCCGCCUAGCAGACCCUGCGGACCGCGAGGUGCUCCGCCUCAUCCGCCCACUCCACUGUGGAUGCAGCUGCUGCCCCUGUGGCCUUCAGGAGAUGGAAGUGCAGGCUCCACCUGGUACCACCAUUGGCCACGUGUUGCAGACCUGGCAUCCCUUCCUUCCUAAGUUUUCCAUCCUGGAUGCUGAUCGCCAGACUGUGCUUCGAGUUGUGGGGCCUUGCUGGACCUGUAGCUGUGGUGCAGACACCAACUUUGAGGUGAAAACUAAGGAUGAGUCUCGCAGUGUGGGCCGCAUCAGCAAGCAGUGGGGAGGGCUGCUCCGGGAAGCCCUCACAGAUGCCGACGACUUCGGCCUGCAAUUCCCACUAGAUCUAGACGUGAGGGUGAAGGCUGUGCUGCUGGGAGCCACGUUCCUCAUUGAUUAUAUGUUCUUCGAGAAACGAGGAGGCGCCGGGCCCUCUGCCGUCACCAGUUAGAAGCCAGCUCAGUAUGAGGAGACCAUCACCUCAACCAGAUUCAAGAUGGUCACCCGCCCUGGCCUUUUCCUCUAGAGGCAACCCCUUCCUUGGCAUCCACUGCAGCGGACAGACAGGUGGCUGAGUGGUGGGAGCCAUCGUGUCCCAUACCCCUUCCCUCUCCUCCUCCCUCCUUCACCUGUGGCCUGCAGUGGAGUAUGUAUGAGAACCCUUCCUGUGUCUUACCAUCUCCCGGCAGCCGCUACCCACACACUACUAGAUUUUGGACUUUCCUGCCCUCUCCUUCCCACCUUCCUCUAGGGCCUCUGCACAGGAGGAGACUUAUCCAGGGCUGGUGGGUAAACAGCAAGCAGCACCAAAGACGGCAGCCACGCCACUCUUCCCUCACGUCACUUUAGCCACUUAGUUCAGCUUCAGACGGUGGCACUUUGAAGGGAUCCCCGCCUCCUCAUUAGUAGCUGGAGAGGUGGAGACCCAGUGCCAACUUCCUAACCCCCUGGGCCCUGCUGGUGCUUUCUGCAGCUUCCUGUGCCUUAGUUAACCGUUAACCCCUUCCUUCCCCUGCUGUAGGAAGGAGGCUGUGUCUUUGUAUGUUGUACUCAUAUAAAGUUUGCAACUUUUUAAA